AUGAAAAAAGCGGAAAGAGCACAAGAUACGUCUCAGUUAAGUAGUAGUGAUGACUCUACUUCUGAUACAACAAAUACACGACAGAAGAAAUUCCAACAUAAACAUCACAAUUUGUCUGAUGAAGAUGAUGAAGAUGAUGCUUUAGCUUCAAAAAAUCAGUAUAAAAUAAAUUCAGAGAAAGGUCCUAAAUCCAAUAAAAAUAAAAGCAUCCAAAGAGAUGAAGCAGAAAAGUCAAAGAAGAUUUCAUAUCAAAAUCUAAAUAGUUCUUCCAAUGAAGAAGAUGAUCUAGCUUCAGGAAAUCAGUGUACAGUAAAUUCAGAUAAACGUCCUAAUGUUCCAUCUUUUCCUGAUAAUGAGUUAAAUUUACAAAGAGAUUCUCAAGCUGAUCCUGUAUUAUCCAAUAAAAGUAAUACAACCAUCCAAAGAAGCGAAGUAGAAAAAUCAAAAAACAUUCAACAAAUUAAAGAAGGCAUUUUAACAAAAAUUUUUAAAUUAAUGGAAGAAGUUAGAUUUGAAACAGUUGCAUUGAAAAAGGGACAACAAGAAAUAAAAGUAAAAUUAGAUACUCUAUUGACACACAAUGAUAAUAGUGUCAUAAACACAUUUAGUCACCUUCUUCCGAUUUGUUCCAUGGAGUCCUUUGAUGAAAUUGAUCAAGGUUUGAAAAAUUCUGAAGAAAACUUUAUAUCUUUGAUAAAAUAUCUCAACCUUGGUUCAGGAGAAACUGUAAAGGCAUUAGUGCCAUCAGUAAUGAAAUUACUUAUGAAGAAGACUGUUUCCAUGCAUUUCAGUGGUUCCGGAAAACAAAAAAAACGUGAUUUUUCUGCAACUAAGGUUGCUGCUGCAGUAUUUGAGGUUGUGUCGAAAAAAAUUCCAAAUGUAUCCAGAAAUGAAAUUUUGCAAAAAAUAUCAAAAUUCCUUGCAGAAAGUGGAGACAGAGAAGGAGGAAGAAAAGAAAGAUUUUCGAAAUCUACAAAUUAGG